AGACACACAUGAAAACUCAUUUAAGUGCAGAAAAGCUCCCAGUCGCAGCCUCGUUUCUGUAGGCAGGGAGGUGAAAGACAUUCCAGCGCUGCGGGCCAGUUUCCACUUGGAAAGUCUGGGUUGCCGCCCACUCUUCCCUCUGGUCGUGAAGCAGUUUAUGCACAGUUGUUGCCUUAAAGGAGCUUUGGAAGGACUGAGUGGCUUCAAGAUGGCAUCCCAGCAGCUCUCUGUGAGGUUAAUGGGGCUGACUGUGCUGCUGAUGCUGCUAGCUCUUAGCGACGCAUCCAGUGACAGCAGCUUACACAAGAUCCUAAGGAAAAGAGACGUGGCAGGAGCUGGAACUGCCCCAUCAAUGUCCUCUGUUGCAGUCCCUUCAUCCAAGGCUCAGGAGUUCCUGGCAAAGCUGAGCAGAUCCAAGAGGAACAUCUGGGAUCGCAGCAGACCAGAUGUGCAGCAGUGGAUCCAGCAGUUCAUGUACAUGGGCUUUGAUGAGCAGAGGCUGGAGGCUGACCUGUCGUACUGGAUGGACCAGGCACGCUCCAGCGACCAAGGACGUCAGCACCACUACGAUGAGAACGCCCCCAUCGGCCCCCGUUACCCCUCAGCUUACCGACACGGAGCCGACGUCAACUACGACUACUAUUAAGUCCAGUCACACACGCCUGUUCACCAGGGUUUCCAGCAUCUUCAGAGGGCAUUACGAGUUAGAUUUUCUGGUGCUUAGCCUCACCCCCAACCUUAACCUUAACCUCAAACCAGGACUUCAUACUCGAAAUUUAAUCGUUUCUGCUCUGGGUGCUCGAUUUUUGUAGGAUAAGUGUGUAUAAACACACACAUCCCUGCUUCUUUGUCUGUUAGUGCCUCGCUUUCUGCUUUUUUGUCUUCAUUUUCUACACCCACAAAUCUAACCCACUGCCAGUUCUUUCUUGGGAAUAACACAGAAAGUGUGUUUCUGCUCUCGCUUAACCCACAUGUCGUCUCAUGGGUCAAAAUUGACCAGUUUUAAAAUUUGAAAACAUGGAAAAAAAAAUAUUUUCACAGUGAAACUUCUGACGUCCACAUUUCCAACAUGUUUUAGUGGAAACAAAAAAUGUUAAAAAUAUUUUUUAAGAACAUCCACAUAAAAAAUCAACUGAUUUUUUUAGUGAAUUUUCCUAAAGAAAAUAUUAGAAAUUAUAUUGAUAUAUAUGGAAUCACUUCAGAUACUUUUAGGAUUUUUUUUGAAGAUUUCUACAAAUUUUUUGAACAAUGUUUACAAGAAUUUUCUUGCCCAAUUCGGGUGAUUUUAUAAAUUAAAUUUUUAAGGGAAACUUCUGAGGAAUUAUUGGGAUUUUCUUCCUGAAGGUUUUUCAAAUUUUCAGAAAUUUGGGGAUUUUUUUUGCUGAAUUUUUGGAUCUUUUUCAGACAAGGAAACAAUAUUUUUGGUGCCCAUAAAUGAGGACAACAGGAGGGUUAACAGCAACCUGCUUGAAAUCGAUGCUUUGAGGCAGCCGGUUUGUAUCAAAAACUGUUUAAAUUCUGGCUCCAUCUUUGGCUGUAAAUAAAGAUGCGGCUCCAUCCUC